AUGGAGGUACCCCAGCCCCCCAUCAACGGCAGACCCGACAACCUUACCGCAAGGCUCGUCGCAAUCAUCAUCCACGAGAUGACAGCAUGCAUCUCGCGUUGGCGCGAUUAUGCCGCUUCCAAAGAUGCGCAGCUUCAGCAACUUCACAAAACCUGCCAACAACUCGGAGCACGGAUCGAAACGCAGCGUCACACCAUCAACGCGCAAGACGAGCGCAUUGCCAGUCUAGAAUUCGAAAUAUCUCCUAUGGAACUCUCAUGCAAUACCGUGUCGCCAGCGGCGUUUUCAAUGUCGCUGCAGGAGUCUAGACGCAAGAUGUCGGGUGCUGUUGUAGGCCUCCAAUCAAACUUUACGGGCGGCACGUUUGAUAAUGCUUUGUGUGAGACAUACAUCCAACCAUCUGAUGAUGCGAAUCUAGAGGAGGACACUUUUGAUCCAUUGAUGGCGUUGGCAAUGACCGCGGUAGAGGAUGCAACUGGACCGCGUGCUGGAGCAGAGGGGUUGACGCAGAGUGAGAGCCAAAACCCGAGGAAAAGGCGGUUGGAAGAGUCCGAUGAUGAAUCGUAG